GAAGAAUGUGUAACACUGGAAAGGAAGAAUGCAGAUGAACUGGAUGAAAGAAUCAGUAGGGAUGAAGUGGAGAGGUGUGUGAGAAGGCAGAAGAAUGGCAAGGCAGCAGGUCCAGAUGAUAUACCCUAUGAGUUCUACAAGAAUGGUGGGGAGGUAGUGAUAGACAGAAUGACUGAGUUAUUCAACCGAGUGUGGGAUGAAGAGAGAGUGCCAAGAAAGUGGAAUGAGAGCCGAGUGUGUCUGUUACAUAAGGGAGGAUUUAAGAGUAAGAAUGAGCUGAAGAACUACAGGCCAAUUGCAUUAGUGAAUACAGAGUUGCCGAUCCAAAGGCCUGGCUCAGGAGUGAUCCUGUGCCACCUGUACCAUCAAGAUCAAGAUCAAGAUCAAGACCCUCCGCUCCGAGUGUGUACAAGUGGCUUUGCCUUGCUCUCUGAGUUUUCUCUGAGUUUUGUGGUUUGUUUCUCUCGCCUGUGUGCUGAAAUACCCUGAAAAUGGUGAUGAGCGCGUGUGGUUCAUGCGAGGAGAGUGUGGCGAACAGGCAAAGGGCUGUGGCAUGCGAGAGAUGCAUGGCCUGGUUCCAUGUAGCCUGUGUGGGCAUGAGGGAGGCCAACAUGAAGGCGCUGGGGUUCGAGCUUCUGGUGUUCCUCUGCAGGGAAUGCCUGAGCAAGAGCCUCAAUGAAUGGAGGAACCAGGAUGAAGAAAAAGAAGAGAGAGUGGAGCAGAGCACCCAGACAGAAAACCUGAUGAAAGAGGCAGAAGCACAGACGACGAAGACUGAAGAGAGAAAAGACCAGCAAGAAGUGGUGGAAGUGGCCAGAACAGACAGACGCCCAAGGAAGAAGAGAAUGGUAAUCAAGAAAGCCCCAGUACGUGUCAUUGGAGACAGCAUGGUAAGGAAGACUCCCGACUUUGUGAGAAGGGAAAUUGAGUGCACCAGCAUGGGAGGUGCUAAGAUCCAAGACGUCAAGAGGAAAGUCAAGGAAGAAGUGCAAGAAAUGGAAGAGAGAAGCCUGCUAGUUGUCCAAGGAGGAGGCAACAACUUAGUAGAGGCAAGUGCUGAAGACACAGUAAAGGAAGUGAUAGAAGCAGUGAGGGCAGCAGAAGAGAAGAUGUGUGUGGCUGUGGUGGGGGUCCUGCAGCGCCCACGGGAAGGAGUGCAGUAUGAGAAGAUCAGAAGAGAAACGAACCGCAAGAUAUGCAUGGAACUCAUGAAGGUCAAGAUGGAAUGGAUGACAGAGAAGAAGGGCAACAUGAGCUUCCUGGACAUGGAUGGGAUCCUCGACCAGGACAAAUUCUUCGGGAGAGACGGGGUCCACCUCAACCACAACGGGAAUGAGAGGCUAGGACGUCGACUGGCCGAGUGGAUGAGGGCGAGGCAGGUGUGUUGUGUGGACGACGCAUGAUGAGGAGGACCCACUGAUGUCAGCAAACAUGGAAGAAAAGAGCAAGUAAA